AUGCUUUCUGAGUUGGUCCUUGCUGGUACGCUUGGUGUCAAUGCUUUGGCCAUUCUCAACUUCAAGCUGAAGAAAACGCCAGAUCCGUUUAGUGCUACUUUGAUAGAAGGUGAGCCGCGUACUGUCGGUGAACGUAUUCGCGAGUUUUUGUUUAUGCUUCAGUACUUUAGGGUAUUUAUUGGGCUUUGGAAUCUUUUCGUCAUCUUCCUAAUGCUUGUGUGA